GCUGCCAAGACGGUGAAGCGAGACGCUGGAGGAUGGAAGGUUAUGUAUGCUUGGAAUGGGGAGGAUCCCUGUGGGGAUGGAGACGCGGCAUUGUGGCCGGGAAUCACUUGUUCCUCCCCAAAUGACGAACGCUAUCGAGUGGUCACGGAAUUGGAGCUCUUUCAAGUGUCGAUCAUUGGAACGUUCCCGAUCGGUGUCACAAAUUUGCUGGAUCUCAGGAAACUGGACUUGCAUGGCAACAAACUCACCGGACCGAUUCCUCCUCAAAUAGGACGGCUGGAGAAGCUUGUAACCCUGUAAUGUUAUUGC